AUGCCAAUCGGCGCGACGCCGCGCCCCGCGCGCGCGACCGCGGGACGCGUGCGCGUCACCGUGCGCGCGAAAGCAUCGGAUGGUGAUCGACGCGCGAAGACCGGAGAUGAGAAAGGGAAGAAGACGAAGACGAAGACGAAGACGAAGUCGACGACGGGGAAGAGGGAAGGUUCGAGCGGGACGAAGAAGAAGUCAUCGAAGGCUCGAACGCCCAAGGGAACGCCGUUCGUCGAAAAGAAGAGGAUAGCGGUGAAAGACACGUAUGUGAGCCCGAUCGGGGAGCUGGAGAGAAAGCUUCCGGGGCGCGGGGUGUGGUUUCGUAAGGGGAACGCCACGACGCAGGAUGCGCGCCCGGACGGAUUGGGAGCGAGCUCGAAGCCUUUGCUCACGCCGGGGACACAAGCGUGGUACAAGGAGUGGAAGAGACAGAGAAAGAUUGACAUUCAAAAUAAAGCUAGCAGAGAGUUGCGAAAGACGGCGCGGAAACCGGUGGAGGAUUAUGCGAAACCCGGGCAAGCGGCGGGCAAACCCUUGAGCAUCGACGAGCUCAAGUACACAGCGCUGGGGCGGGCGAAGAUACAAUCGGCACGCCAGCAUAUUGCGUACAACCGUUUUGUCCACAGCAUCUUGAAUGAAGAAAUCAAGGAGCUUUACGUGAGCGUGGAUGCAGUGGCGAGGUACGCUAUCGUGUACAAGGAUGGGCGAAUAGCGUAUUGUCAAGUGGCGCCGCACAACACUGAGGUUUACAAUCUGACGCAAAGCGUCGGAUUAGAAAUCAACCCAACGAUGGCAGAAGCAUCGAGCCAUACGUUGGCAGCCGUUGGCGAUCGCGGGGCGCAGAUUCGGACGUUUAUUGCUGGUUACGGUGUUCCUUCGUUAGGCGUUUUCUUCAUAUGGGCCAUCGUCUUUUACAUGCAACGUUUCAGAGGUGACUGGGAAGAUCGUCAAAAGAUUCUCGAGCUCGAGCGCGCUGAAGAGGCGCAGAGGCAAGCCGAAAAGGGCGAUCCGCGUAUCAACGCUUUGGUGGAAAUGUUACAGAAGAUGGAUGAGAAUGAUCCGCGACGCGACCAAGUCAAGCGCGAGAUUCGCAACCGCAAGUCUGCUAUCGCGCGUGCGAACGGCGAUAAGAAGGAUGCGGCGGCGAAGGCGGCCGAUGGAGACCAAAUGGGUGCCGCGAAUGCGUUCAUGCGAGUUGGCGUCAAG